UCUUAUCACUCGACAGCCUCGACAGUAGUUGAAUACGUGACAGGAAUGUCUUGUUUUUAACCAGUUCUGAAUGUAUCGAAUGGAUUGAACAAUCAGGACAGCUGCUGUACUUUGAACCUGUUACAUUUUCACUGAUUCAUAAAGCGGCUAGCAUUGUCGAGAAGUGAUAGUUUAAUUCAUUCAAUCAGUGAAGUUUUUUUUGGUGACGUAACACAAUCAACAAGUGGGUACGAUAGUCAACAAAGACUAAAUAUGUCUGAAAACGUGAGCCCAAUCAAAUACUUUCUCUCCGGGGGAUUCGGGGGAGUUUGUACUGUUCUGGCUGGACACCCUCUGGAUACCAUCAAGGUUCGUUUACAAACCAUGCCCCUACCCGCCGCAGGACAAUCCCCAUUGUAUGCCGGAACAUUGGAUUGUGCAAAGAAAACUAUCAGAAACGAAGGAUUUAAAGGAUUGUAUAAAGGAAUGUCCGCACCCAUUACUGGCGUGGCACCAAUUUUCGCUAUGAGCUUUUUCGGGUUUGGCCUUGGGAAACGUUUACAACAGACGACACCAGAUGAAGAGCUAAAUAAUGUCCAAUUAUUCGCAGCUGGAGCUUUUUCCGGUAUAUUCACAACGACAGUUAUGGCCCCAGGCGAACGAAUUAAGUGCCUCCUACAGAUACAGCAAGGCGGCCACGUACCUCAGAAAUAUAACGGAAUGGUAGAUUGUGCAAAACAGCUGUAUGCUGAAGGUGGCAUUCGCAGUAUUUACAAAGGAUCGGUUGCCACUCUACUCAGAGAUGUUCCUGCAUCGGGAAUGUAUUUUAUGACGUAUGAUUACUUGAAAAAAGAAACAGUACCAAAGGAUGGUCAAAAGCAAGAGGCAGCCGUUGGUCUCUUGUGGACUAUAUUUGCUGGUGGAAUGGCUGGAGUCGCAAAUUGGGCUAUUGGGAUGCCAGCGGAUGUGUUAAAAUCACGCCUUCAAACUGCCCCGGAAGGAUCGUACAAGAAUGGUAUACGAGACGUGUUCCGAGAGUUAAUGAAAAACGAAGGACCCCUGGCGCUCUAUAAGGGCGUCACUCCGGUGAUGUUACGAGCUUUCCCAGCAAAUGCGGCUUGUUUCAUAGGAUUCGAAAUUUUCAUGUCGUUUUUGAAUUUAGUCGCUCCGAACUUAUGAAGACCAUCAGGGGAAAAAAAUAUAAUUCCCAAUGUUAAGAUGAAAGUCAAUGUUAGUGAUGGUCAUGAAGUCUAUUGAGUUGCUUCUGACAUUGUAUUUCCUAAAUAUAUAUAUUUGUGAGCAAUCUGCAUGAAUUUUAUAGAAAAAUAAAGUUGGCGGUCGCAUUUGUA